AUGUCUUCAUCAAUAGUAUCAACGGUCAAAUGCAAAGAUCUGGGAAACCCCGAAGAAGGGAAAGAUCCCAUGACUAUUGAGGAUUUCUUUUCAGAAGUUAUUGUCAAGUUGUUGGAAGAGAAACCAAAAAAUCCUUACGGAAUGAUUGAACAAUUUUGCAAUUUAAUCAAACACGGGUCAUUUGUACCUCCAAAGGAACGAUCGGCCUAUGAACGUUUAACAAAAUUGUAUAAACCAUGGAUGGGAAUUGACGAUGACAAUAUUUUGGAAAAGGAUACUCAACGGGCACAUGGAGGAGAGCAAGAAGAAGGUACUGAGGAAGAAGAAGCCGACGAUCUGAAAAUGUCAGACUUGUUGUAUGAAGGAAAGCUUUUCCGAGAUGCAGGUAUUGGCCUUGGAGAGUUAGAACUUUUUCAAGUAUUGGUUUCCAUGAAAUCUCUGGUGUCAUCCAACAAGAAAAUCAACUCAAUUCGAUUCUUUGGAAAAAUUCUUGGAAUUGAGAAGAAUUACUACAUUUUAGAAACCGAACAAACCAAGGAAGAAGCAGAAAAUGAAACAGGAGAAGAAGCAAAGAAAAUUGAAGGCAUUCCGCAUGAGGUUGAAGGAACCAACAAAUAUGUAUACUAUGUUUCGAAUACAGUGGAUGUGAAGCAGACAUGUGGACACAAUUGCCAGAUGCCAAGCCAGAAUUUAUUAUCAGGAGCAGAAAAAUCAAGAAAUUCUUUACAGGCAAGCUCGAAAGCGAUGUUCUUUCUCAUCCACCAUUCAAGGGAAAAGAAAUUGACUUGUUGA